GAGCCAGUGAAUGCCGCAAUGCCAAAUGGUUGGUGGUCAGCAGUCAAAUCAAAACCGGACUCCGUCUCCACAAAAUGUGAGAUCGCGAAACGUUCAUAUAAUUAUGAUGCUGUCAUGCGAUUAAAUAAUAUCGAAAAUUGUCUAAUCGAUAUGAGAAAGUCGCGGGACGAAGUCAUAAAAAACAUUGAUCAAGUUAUAGAACGUGAAAAAGCAAAGCUUGUUUUGCAAAAAGAGAAAAGUUCUAGUGAAUUAAGGCUUUCUCGAUAUCGUGCUGAGAUUGAUGACCAAAAAAAAGCACUUGAAGAAGAUCAACAACGUAUAAAUUCUUUACGUGAAAAUAUUCGAUUGCGUCGUAUUGCUUUAGAAGAUGCGAAAAGUCGAUAUGAAACAGGAAAUGAAUAUUUGGAGGAAAGCCACAAGAUAUUGGAACGAGCUCGGGUUGAUGUUCUUAGCGAAGCCCUCUUCGUAACAACAUCUAAACUUUGCGCUCGCCAGAAGGAGCUCGUUGCUGAUCUACUCACUAUAUACCCCAUAGAGCAGGUACAGUCAGAGAACUUCUCCUUCAAAAUUCUCGGUGUUCCAUUACCGAAUUCAGUAUUCUCAGGAUGUGAUGAAGAACAGGUUGCUACAGCAUUGGGGUUUACUUGCCACCUCAUUCAUAUGCUCGCGUAUUAUCUCGGUGUGCCUUUAAGGUUUCCAAUGAUACCUAUGUCUUCUAAGUCAAUAAUACGUGAUCCAGUAUCGUCGUCUCUACCAUCAUCAAGACAGUUUCCCUUAUACUCUAAAGGUACUGAUCGUUUUCGAUUUGAAUAUGCUGUGUUUUUAUUAAAUAAAAAUAUAGAACAGCUGAUGAAUUCGCAAGGAUUGCUUAUAAUGGAUUUGAGGCAUACACUACCUAAUUUGAAUUACCUUAUUCUUAGCUUGAUAUCACGCAAAGUUGUUCCUUAUAACUAUAAGAGCGGAAAUAAGAAUCGUCUAAAACCGUGUCAAGUCACGUGA